UUUAUUAGUAAAUUUGUUAAUCCCGUCUCGGCGGAGGAGGAGGAGAUUGCAAAUUUUAAGGUAUUAUUGGAAAGACAAAACACGUUUAGGCCAGUUUUUGGCGCGCUAAUGAAAGCAACACUGCCAGAAAGACGACACGCUAGUCAUUUACGCCGCCUUCUAGCCGAGAACAAUAUCGAUUAUGCCAAAUUACAGAGUGCGUACGAGAGCAGCGCCAAGGAUGGAAUUGAAGGCAUUCUCAAAAAUGAGGUGCCCAAUGCUAAGGAAAAGGAUCUUACGGAACUUUUAGAGAUUUUAGAUUGUUUCUUCGAUCCGGAAAAGAAGGCCAUACAGCCGAAACCACGAUUUUUCGCCAACCAAAAUCGCAAUCCCAGAAGUAGAACCCAAUCUAAUAAUAAUAAGGAAAAUGGCGAAGUGAACGGAAAUAACAAUAGUACGGAGGGUAGCGUCAACACUAGUAGUAGUGAAACUACUCCACGAACCGUCGAAAAUGGUAUAGUGGAACAGAGUCAGCCCUCAGAAACCGUUGUGCAAUAAUGAAGUCUGUGCCUUUGAAGAUUUGUUACUAAAGAUGUUCGCAUUUACAUUAUGUUACCAUUUAGAGUGAUUAUUUGUUUUUAUUUUUUUUAACAUGCUGCUGGACUUGUUGUUGAGUUUAUCAAUAUUGUUUAUGUAAUGUUAAUAAUGUUACUAAUUCUAUUGAGAUGCUUUGUUUAUACCUAUUUUAGUUUGUUAUGGUUUAAAACAAUUGUUCUAAGGGGAAGAGAGUGCUUUAAUUUUAUUUUGUGAUAAAUGGUGAUUAUUAUAAUUCUUUAUUAAUAAAUUUUUGAUUACAUUUGUGAAA